GUUGUGGCGGAUCUGCUGGCUGUAAAAAGAGGUCGGUAGGUCAGCUGAUCGUUCCUGCUGCAGCUGCUGGUUGACAGCUCGGAGUGUGCGGACCGCUGAGGACUCUGGAACUAGGCGAGUUCUGUAGAUAUCCUGCCAAAGAAGAUGAAGAAAAACAGAGAAAGAUUCUGCAACAGAGAGAGGGAAUUUGUGUAUAAAUUCAAAGUAGGAAGUCAGUACUUAGAACUGAAGGUUCCCCUCAAAUUUCCUGUUCAGGAGGAUGCCAGUCAUUUGCAUGGACGACUGAUGCUGCUGCACAACUUGCCAUGCUUUAUUGAAAAUGAUUUAAAAGAAGGUCUGAGCCAGUUUAUAGAAGAAGAAUCCCUCAGAGAUUAUGAUAGAGAUGCUGAAGCAUCACUAGAAGCUGUGAAAUCAGGAGAAGUAGACUUACAUCAGCUGGCAAGUACAUGGGCCAAAGCUUAUGCUGAGACCACAUUAGAGCAUGCAAGGCCUGAAGAGCCCAGCUGGGAUGAAGAUUUUGCAGAUGUGUACCAUGACCUAAUCCAUUCUCCUGCCUCUGAAACACUUCUAAAUUUGGAACAUAAUUACUUUGUCAGUAUUUCAGAACUGAUUGGUGAAAGAGAUGUGGAGCUGAAAAAAUUACGAGAGAGACAGGGCAUUGAAAUGGAAAAAGUGAUGCAGGAAUUAGGAAAGUCAUUGACAGAUCAAGAUGUAAACUCACUGGCUGCUCAGCAUUUUGAAUCCCAACAAGACUUAGAGAAUAAAUGGACAAAUGAAUUAAAACAAUCAACUGCUAUCCAAAAGCAAGAGUAUCAGGAAUGGGUGAUAAAACUUCAUGAAGACCUAAAAAACCCCAACAACAGCUCCCUCAGUGAAGAAAUUAAAGUCCAGCCAAGUCAGUUCAGAGAAUCUGUAGAAGCAAAUGGGAGGAUUUAUGAGGAACAGAGAAAGUUAGAAGAAAGUUUUACCAUUCACUUAGGAGCCCAGUUGAAGACCAUGCAUAAUUUGAGAUUGCUGAGAGCGGAUAUGCUAGACUUCUGUAAGCAUAAACGAAAUCAUCGAAGUGGAGUGAAACUCCAUCGGCUCCAAACAGCACUGUCACUUUAUUCCACAUCUCUCUGUGGCCUGGUUUUACUAGUAGAUAAUCGAAUCAAUUCAUACAGUGGAAUUAAAAGAGAUUCUGGAAACCGAAAUGGAGGAAGUGAUGAUAAGACUAAGAAUACUGAUCGAAACUAUUUAAAUAUUUUACCUGGAGAAUUUUACAUUACACGACAUUCUAAUCUCUCAGAAAUCCACGUUGCUUUCCAUCUAUGUGUGGAUGACAACGUGAAAUCAGGAAACAUCACUGCCCGUGAUCCUGCCAUUAUGGGACUCCGAAAUAUACUCAAGGUUUGCUGUACGCAUGACAUCACCACAAUAAGCAUUCCUCUCUUGUUGGUGCAUGAUAUGUCAGAGGAAAUGACUAUACCCUGGUGUUUAAGGAGAGCAGAACUUGUGUUUAAGUGUGUCAAAGGUUUCAUGAUGGAAAUGGCUUCAUGGGAUGGAGGAAUUUCUAGGACAGUGCAAUUUCUGGUACCACAGAGUAUUUCUGAAGAAAUGUUUUAUCAACUUAGUAACAUGCUUCCCCAGAUCUUCCGAGUAUCUUCAACACUCACUCUGACAUCCAAGCACUAGAACCUUAUAGAUUGGCGUGCUGGCAGAAGAAGACAUUAAACUCUCCAGGAACUGAGCUAUGUGGAGAUUCUGUCAAUCAAAAGAUGCCAAGAAAGAGUACCUGCAACCCAAACCACAAAUCAUGAUACAUGGAUAUAUGUCUAUUAAAUAUUUCUAAAAUUUACAUACUGUACAGACUAAUGAGGCCCUAAUUUUCACACUUAUUG